AUGAAUGGGAUCAAAUUCACCGGAUCGACGGCGGUGGCGCGCGGGUGGGCACCGGUGCGGGCUCUUGACGACAUCCGCGCCGCCCUCAUCGAAGCGGAUCACCUCAGCGGCGCGCAGGUCGCCACGGUGAUUGAGCGCGUUAUGGUGAAGGAAAAGCCGCCAACGUACUUCCGCACGAACAAAUUUACCGCGUCCUUCCAGAGCAUCGUGGACAGCUACGCGAUCGCGCGGUAUAAGGAGGUCAAUCCGGGUGUCUUUACCAUCAUCACCUUUCCAUACCUCUUUGGCAUCAUGUUUGGGGACAUCGGCCAUGGUCUCAUUCUCACCCUUGCAGCCGCGUUUUUGGUGAUCAAAGAGAAAAGUUUCGAGGGAAAGCAACUUAACGAGAUAUUUGGCAUGAUUUUUGGCGGCCGCUACUUACUACUGUUCAUGGGACUUUUUGCAAUCUACAUGGGGCUUUUGUACAACGAAAUGUUUGGGUUUUCGGUAGAGAUUUUCACCUCCGGCUACCGUUGGCCUGAGCAGCUGCCGAAUGAUUCGCGCAGUGUGAUUCGCCCAUCCUACCCUGACGGCCGUCCGAGCUUGAAGCCUGACUCGCCGGUGAUCUUCGGCAUCGACUCCGCCUGGGAAGGGACCGAGAACAAGCUGGAGUUCUACAACUCCAUCAAGAUGAAGUGCUCCGUGAUUGUUGGGGUGGUUCAGAUGACCGCGGGGGUGGUGUUAUCUCUGUUUAACUAUCAUUACUUCAACAAUACCAUCAAGAUGUGGUACCGCUUUAUACCGGAGGUGGUGUUUUUAUCCUGUACAUUUGGCUACAUGUGCUUACUCAUCAUUAUUAAGUGGUUGACCACGUGGGAGAACGCGAACGAGGCGCCCUCGCUACUGGAGACGAUGACGGAUUUCUUUUUAGCCCCUGGAACCGUGCGGUUGCCUUUGUUUACCGGCCAGGCAAUCCUGCAGGUGGUGCUGUUGUUGCUUUCCGCGAUGUGCGUACCCUGCUUAUUAUGCAUCGAACCUUACAUGGAAAAGAAGAAGUACAAUGAUACGAUGCGGUACCGCACCCUCCACCAUUCUUUCGACGACGAAAUGGAAGAGGUGGAGGAGGAGUUUCAGCUUGGCGAGGUGAUAAUACACCAAAUAAUCCAUACUAUCGAGUAUAUUCUGGGCUGUAUCUCUAAUACGGCUUCCUAUCUACGUUUGUGGGCACUUUCACUAGCCCAUUCACAGCUUUCUGAGGUGUUUUGGAAUUUUUCAUUUCUUUCCGCCGUCAACUUGGAUGGGGGUUCUGGAGUGAUCGUCUUCUUUGGCUUCGCAGUGUGGAUGGCGGCGACCCUCACCGUGCUGCUGGGGAUGGAGUCAUUGUCUGCUUUCUUGCAUGCGCUGCGUCUUCACUGGGUGGAGUUCAACAAUAAGUUUUAUGCCGCUGAUGGCUAUCCGUUUGAACCUUUUGAUCUUGCAGAGGUGUUGACGGUUGUUCGUUGA